CAACCUCUUCUCUCACAAUCUACAUCCGCGCUCAACGAUAACAUAUAUCCAUAAAAUUUUCCUUGCUCUUUACAAUUAUACAUUGCAGAUGAAUUGGUCUACUUCAACAACAAGCACAAGUGAUGACAGCAACAAGAAGUUUAAGGGAGUUAGGCGUAGAAAGUGGGGAAAAUGGGUAUCAGAGAUUCGUGUUCCGGGAACUCAAGAACGUUUAUGGUUGGGAACUUAUGCUACACCGGAAGCUGCUGCAGUGGCACACGACGUUGCUUUUUAUUGUUUAAAAAGACCUUCUACUUUGGACAAACUCAACUUUCCUGAUAUUUUGUCUUCUUAUUGUAUUCAACAAAGAGAUAAUUUGAUGUCUCCUAGGUCUGUUCAAAAGGUUGCUUCAGAUGUUGCUAUGGAUGUUGAUGCACGAAACAUUGCAAGUCAAGCAACAACUUUGCCAGAAAUGAAUCAUAUGGAUAAUGUUGUUCCUGAUGAUGUUUUUUGGUGGGAUGGUUUGGGUGAUGAUCAAGGAGUUUCUUGCAGUCAACAACAAGAGGAUUUGAACAUUUCCAUUGAAGACUAUCUAUAAUUUACAACACUCACACACCCUGCGCAUGUGUUAAAAUGUGGUGGUAUAUUAUGUUUAGAUUUAGAUGUAUACUUUAGUGGUUUACAAGUUACAACAAGUGGUUAGUGUUGAAAUGUAAUCAAGAAAAAUGAAGAAAAAAAAGGACUAUUUCACACUUAGAUACCAUUUUUGUGUUGAGUGCGUGAUACACAUGUAAAUGGCAAAUUGACUUAUAUUUUGCAAUUGGAAUGUAUGUACUAUGUACACAUUUCAUUUUCUGAGUUAAGAGAGACCUGUCAUUAUUAUUGUCAGAGGGGAAAAAUCCCAAUGAAGUUCACUUCGUACCGUGCCUUAACUACUGUUUACUGUCUCAGGAAAGCUCCAAUAUAGAAAGAAAAGGACCAAACUAAAAGUUAUCAUUCGUACCAUGUCAAUUUACCAUUUACAAAGACCUAUCAUUGUCAUUUUCAUGUUUUAAAUAAAAAAACAUUCAACUUACCAUUCUUAACUCAUCAUUGUCACAUAAAAUGUAAAAUGCUUUUAUAGCCAUA